GUCAACAUUCAACAGCAACACAACUAAAAAAAUGAGCAAAAUUAUUCUAUACGGCAUCGAAGCUAGUCCCCCAGUUAGAGCUAUUUUACUGACUCUUAAAGCCCUCAAUCUCGAUUAUGAAUUUCGUGAAGUUGAUCUUUUCAAAGGUGGACAUUUGACAGAGGAAUUUUUGAAGAAAAAUCCUCAACAUACUGUACCGGUUCUUGAAGAUGAUGGACAAUUCCUCUGGGACAGUCAUUCGAUUGCAGCUUACUUAGUCAGGAAAUAUGGCAAAAAUGAUGACCUUUAUCCAAAGGAUUUCCAUAAGCGUGCUAUUGUCGAUCAACGACUUCAUUUCGAUUCUGGAGUUUUCUUUCCAAGUUUAAGAAAUAUUACUUUUCCAAUUUGGACAGGUAUUUGCAAAAAUGUUCCACAGGAAAAAAUUGAUGCAGUUCAUCAAGCUUUUGAUUUCUUGGAGACUUUUCUGGAACAUGAUUAUUUGGCUGGUGACAGUUUAACUAUAGCGGAUUUUAGUGCUGUGUCAACAGCUACAAGUUUUGAUCUUCUUGCACCAAUUGAUUCAGCUAAGUACCCUAAAGUUGUUGCUUGGAUUAAUAGGAUUUCCAAAUUGCCAUAUUAUGAAGAGGCAAAUGCAAAAGGAGUUGUGCUUUUGAAUGGAAAUUUAAAAAAGUUAUUGUUGUAAAAAAAAUAUAAAUGUCAGGAAAUACAA